GUGGAAUGCACAUCAACUGUUUCCUCCUCUUUCAAGAGAAAAAUGGCUGCAGAGUUAAGUAUUACAGAUCUUGGUGAUGUUAUCAGUACCUUGGAGAAGUAUGAAUUUGCUGAGCACAGAUGGGUUGAGCUAGGUCUUAAACUACACAUUAGUCAGCCCAAACUUGAUGCAGUUGGAGCCGAUAAUCCUCUGAAUGCCAAAGCACGUCUUAGAGCCUGUCUAGCUCACUGGUUGAGGUGGAACUAUGAGGUCGAUAAGUAUGGGAAACCUUCAAUGGAGAAAUUGGCAGCUGCUAUAAAAGAGAUGGGAUUGAAGCACGUAGCUUCUAAAAUAUUGGGAGAGACAAAUGGUACGACUCAAGGAGCUUCUACUGGUUCUGGUGGUGGUGGGGUAGCUGUUACAGUGACAGCAGAAACUGUUGAGCGUGUGAAGAAAGAGCUUGACAAGGUCCUCAGAGAGAAUCAAGUUAAAAUUCAUGGCAUCUUCACUGAAACAGAUGAGACACUGAACGAAAUUGCUAGACAAUUAAAUGCAGUUAAUAUCAUAGGAAAACCUGUACAGAAGAACCCAACUUAUGAAGCGAUGAUUGGAUCUUUUCUUAGCGGAAUAAAUUUAAAAGAGGACAUCGAAGAUAUUGAGGAACAUUCUGGAAAGUUUUUUAAAGCUUUGUCAAAUGUUGAAGGCCCAGUAUCUGAUGCUGGGAACUUGAUAAAAAAGAAAUGGAAGAAAGCAGUUAAAGAUAACUGUGGUUUAGAACUUAAUAUUUAAUUUUUACCAUUAUUUUGAAUUAGAUUUCUUACGCGCAAAAUUAAU